AUGACCUAUCUCAACUACGUUGAAGUUUUCGACAAGGCUAUCAUAGUCGAUCCUAUCUUUAAGAAGCUGGACCGUCGCCUGGCACUUACAGGCAAGACAUGGAACGUACGACAACUAUUCGAAGUCAAAUGCUACGCCCAAGACGCCCGGGACUUCUUCAAAGACAUCCUCCUCGAAUCCCUCAACACCUUCGAGGAUUAUCAAGUCGACGAGCGCUCCUACCCUCCCAUCACCACCAUCCACCCUUUCACCGAACCAUUCGGCGACCCCUUUCUCGCCGUCGUCCAAGAGCCCAACCUCGAGAGCGUCGAGAAACUCGUCUGCUUGAUCCUCUUCUCUGAACACAUCAUCGCGUUCUGUGACUCCUGCUUCCCUUCCCACAAAGGGAAUACAGACACCGAAGACGAGGACGAGGAAGAUGAAGACUUUCGCAUGGAGUUCGUUCAGAACUUUGAAGACUCCGAUACCUCAUGCUCUGACGACGACGGCCUGCGCAUCGACAUUGAGCCUUUGAUGGAGGGCAUCACUCUGCAUUCGCCUACGUCAAUCGGCGCAUCGGAUAAUCUCGAGCGAGGGAUCGAGGAGAUGUUGAAGCUGGUUGCCUCCAAGGACGGUUCUGCUCUUGCCUACCUGUCGCCAGCAAGCAGCCUGGCUGCUUCGACAUACGCAGCGACAUGCGCCGACUUUCCAAUCCACCAAACCGAGAUUCUUCGCUUGGUAGAUCCAACCAUAACAUGUGUACCCUGA